AUCUUCCUCCCUUCGUUCCAUAUCAACAUUCCUCGAGCGACCAUCCUCGAGGUUGUUCAUCUUAUCGAUCAACCUUUUAUUCGAAACUUCGACAACGAUGUCCAACCCCACGCUUGCUUCAUUCAAAGUUCCCGCUAUCGACAAUGAGCCCAUGAAAAGUUAUGCCCCUGGCUCUGCAGAGCGCAAGGGCCUGGAGGCUGCGAUUGCUCAGAUGGAGCAGGAGCUUCCCUUCGAAGUUCCCUGCAUCGUCAACGGUCAACCCGUAAAAACUGGCAAGCUGUUCAAACAGCCUAUACCCUCGAACCACGCUCGUCACCUCUGCGAGUACCACGAAGCUGACGAGGCUACCGUCGCACGCGCCAUCGAUGGCGCGCUUGCCGCUAAAGCAGAGUGGGAGGCGAUGCCAUGGAACGAUAGGGCUGCUAUCUUCUUGCGCGCUGCGGACCUUGUCAGCGGAAAGUACCGCUACAAGUUGAUGGCCGCUACGAUCCUUGGUCAAGGGAAGAAUGCAUGGCAGGCUGAGAUCGAUGCUGCUGCUGAGCUCUCUGAUUUCCUCCGCUUUGGCGUGAAAUACGUCGAGGAGCUGUAUGCAACGCAGCCUCCAAAGAACUCACCGGGUGUCUGGAACCGAGUAGAGUAUCGUGCUCUGGAGGGCUUCGUCCUCGCUGUCUCGCCCUUCAACUUCACCGCCAUUGGUGGUAACCUUCCAGGAGCACCCGCCAUGGUCGGCAAUACCGUCGUGUGGAAGCCCUCUCCUGCGGCUACCUACUCCAACUACAUCGUCUACCAGAUCCUUGCCGAGGCUGGUGUCCCUCCCGGCGUCAUCCAGUUCGUCCCCGGCCCUCCAGCUGAGGUUGUCGCACAGGCAAUCUCGCACCCGUCGUUCGCGGCCCUUCAUUUCACCGGAAGCACCUUCGUUUUCAAGAAGCUGUGGAAGGACAUCGCCGCCAACCUGGACAAGUACAAGGGCUACCCCCGCAUCGUUGGCGAGACCGGCGGCAAGAACUUCCACGUCGUGCACCAGAGCGCGGAGAUCCAAAACGCGGCUCUCCAGAGUGUUCGUGCCGGCUUUGAGUACCAAGGUCAGAAGUGCUCCGCCCUCUCGCGCGUCUACGUCUCGUCAUCUGCCUGGAACGGUGGGUUCAAAGAGAAGUUCCUCAGCGAAAUUGCCAAGAUCAAGGUUGGCCGCCCUCAGGACUUCACCAACUUCAUGGGUCCUGUAAUUGGCCGGCCUGCAUAUGACAGGAUUAUCUCCAAGAUCAAGGAGGCCAAGGACGCCGGUGGCGAGGUCCUCAUCGGUGGCACCGGCGAUGACUCGGAGGGCUACUUCAUCCAGCCGACGGUGAUCCUGACGAAGGACCCGAAGUCCGUCACGAUGCGUGAGGAGAUCUUCGGUCCCGUCAUCACUGUCUUCGUCUUCGAAGAUAACGACUGGGAAAAAACGCUCGACCUCGUCGAUACCACUUCGGAGUACGGCCUUACCGGCUCUAUCUUUUCGCAGGACCGCCGUGCGCUCAUUCAAGCGACGAACAAGCUGCGCAAUGCCGCCGGCAAUGUAUACUACAACGAGAAGUGCACGGGUGCUGUCGUUGGCCAGCAGCCCUUCGGCGGUGCGCGCGCGAGUGGCACCAACGACAAGGCGGGCAGCAUGAGCAUCUUCUACCGCUUCGUCUCUGCGCGCAGCAUCAAGGAGAGCUUCGUCGGACUGGAGGACUUCAGCUACCCGUCAAACUUGGUUUAAUUUAACGCACCUAAGAUAAGGAGCACGGCGAUACGGACCAAGCAUAUAGCUAUAAACGAUGUACCAAAAACUUGUAUACUUACUGUAGCAGCGAAUGGCAGUGAAAAUCGUACAAGGCUGCACAUUACCUG